CAAAUUUGUGUCCAUGAAUCGCAGCGUACAAAUAUUAUACGUGUAUGUAUAAUAGGCACACACGUGGUUUAAUUUUUAAAAUCAUAUUGCAUCGUAUUACUGAGUUUUAUAUUAAUCGGACAAACAGUAUCGCGUAAACGAUACAAAAAACAUAAAGAGAAUGUUACACGUGAUUGGACUGGGCCUUGGCGAUGCAACGGAUGUCACCGUGAAGGGUCUUGAAAUUAUUCGAAAAUGCGAUCGUGUCUACCUGGAAUCGUACACAUCAAUUUUGCCUGUUAAAUUGGAUGAUCUGGAACAAUUCUAUGGACGUCCAAUAUUCGAGGCAGACAGAGAACUAGUCGAGAGUAAUGCAGACGAGAUACUUCCUAAGAAUGAAAAAGAAACUGUUGCUUUUCUGGUCAUUGGCGAUCCGUUUGGUGCCACAACGCAUUCAGACUUGGUAUUGCGAGCUCGAGAGAAGAACAUAGAGGUAAAAGUAAUUCACAAUGCCUCUAUUUUAACUGCCAUUGGCUGUUGCGGUCUCCAGCUAUAUCACUUUGGAGAAACUGUUUCUAUUCCAUAUUGGAAUGAAGAUUGGAGACCCAGUAGUUUUUAUGAUAAAAUUGCAUCUAACAGACAAAGAAACUUGCACACUCUUUGUCUGUUAGAUAUCAAAGUAAAGGAGCCUACUCUAGAGAGUAUAACUAAGAAGAAGAAGGAAUAUAUGCCACCACGAUUUAUGACUGUAUCAGAGGCUGCUGGUCAACUGAUUGAGACACUCCAGGAAAAAGCCAAGGAAACUCAAGAGGAAUUAGCAUUUAAUGAAUCUAGCUUGGCAAUUGGCUUGGCACGUGUUGGAUGGGAUGACCAACGUAUCAUUGCCUCUUCUCUUCAAGAAAUGGCUUCAGUUGACCUUGGUCCACCUCUUCAUUGUUUAAUUAUCCCUGCAAAGAAAUUACACCCUCUUGAAUCAGAGUUUUUAGCCCAAUAUGCAUUAAAUGAAAAUAUGUUUAAUAAUACGACAGAUUCUCGGAAUGAAGCACCUUCAAAAUAAGACUAUUGACAAAAAGUGCAUUCUUCGUUUUU